UUAUCGAUCGUUAAAAAAAAUGUUUACUAAAUUAUAACAAUGAAUAUUAUAUGUUGCAUAGUAAUUCUAAUGUUGACUAUUGAUAAAAGUGUCACAAGUAACGAGCAGCUUAUCAGAUAUAAUAUUUCCCAAAGUGAUAAUUCCGUUUACAGUGUAAGUUCGCGGAGAACCAGUAAAUUUCUCUUCGAUACUAUAUUCCGAAUAAGUUCCGGGGUAUCAAAUGCCUUUGGAUUUGAUACAGAUGAUGAAACCGAAUAUGUUGAAAAUAACAAUCUUUCCAACUGUGAUUGUGAUUGCGGAUUUUCGAAUGAAGAAAUAAGAAUUGUUGGAGGAAAACCAACAGGAGUAAAUCAAUACCCAUGGAUGGCUCGAAUAAUAUAUGAUGGAAAAUUUCACUGUGGAGGAUCAUUGCUUACUAAAGAUUAUGUGCUUUCUGCGGCACAUUGUAUCAAAAAGUUGCGCAGAUCCAAAAUUAGAAUCAUUUUUGGAGAUCAUGAUCAAGAAAUAACAUCGGAAUCUCAAGCAAUUCAAAGAGCUGUAACUGCUGUAAUAAAACAUAAGAAUUUUGAUCCGGAUACCUACAACAACGACAUUGCAUUAUUAAGGCUAAGAAAACCUAUAGUAUUUUCUAAAAUUAUUAAACCAAUAUGUCUUCCUCGAUAUAACUACGAUCCUGCAGGUCGAAUUGGGACGGUCGUUGGUUGGGGUCGAACCUCAGAAGGAGGAGAAUUGCCUUCUAUUGUUAAUCAAGUAAAGGUUCCGAUAAUGUCUCUUGGAGAAUGCCGAAAUCAAAAAUAUAAAAGUACACGAAUAACAUCGAGUAUGUUGUGUGCUGGCAGGCCACGCAUGGACUCGUGUCAAGGCGAUAGUGGAGGACCUCUCCUAUUAUCAAAUGGAGUCAAAUAUUUCAUAGUUGGCGUUGUAUCCUGGGGAGUCGGAUGCGGACGCGAGGGUUAUCCUGGUGUUUACACUCGCAUUAGUAAAUUUAUUCCUUGGAUAAAAUCCAAUUUAGAAAAUACUUGUUUGUGUUCUUAGUUAAACGUUGCUAAAAUAAAUUAAAUUAUUAACUUAUUUGAAACUGUCAAAA